AGGAAAAACUUUUAGGGGGUGAGCAAAGUAGCAUAUAAAAUGGGCCACCGCAUGAGUCCAUUCAAUGAUUUGAUUAUUGAUUUCUUCCCCAAACUUCUGUUCCUUUAACCUUAAUUACCUAGCUUAAUUAGCUUCCUCCUCAUCCUCAUAACAUUUUUUUAAAAGAACAAAAAAAAUUUGGUUGAUGGAUAGAGGCAAAGAGUUGGUGGUGGCGAUGGGAUCAUCAUCCGGCGGCGGCGGAGGAGGAGAGAGCGGUCCGGCGACACCAAGCCGCUACGAGUCACAAAAGCGUCGGGACUGGAACACGUUCGGGCAGUACCUGAGGAACCAGAGGCCGCCGGUGGCGGUGUCGCACUGUAGCAGCAACCACGUCCUCGACUUCCUCCGGUACCUCGACCAGUUCGGGAAGACCAAGGUCCACUUACAAGGCUGCGUGUUUUACGGGCAGCCGGAGCCGCCCGCUCCCUGCACCUGCCCGCUCAAGCAGGCCUGGGGCAGCCUCGACGCCCUCAUCGGCCGCCUCCGCGCCGCCUACGAGGAGAACGGCGGCACCCCGGAGACCAACCCCUUUGCCAGCGGCGCCAUCCGCUUGUACCUCAGGGAAGUGAAGGAUUGUCAGUCAAAGGCGCGUGGGAUUCCGUACAAGAAGAAGAAGAAGAAGGUGGCGAUCUCCGGCAUGGCUCCGCCGGCGAUCUCCGCCGCCGACGACUUCGAGUCAUCUUCUUCCGCGCCAUUUUCUUGAUAUUAAACGAAGAAGGAAAAGAAAAACCACCGGCACACAGUUGCAGCAAUUCAAGGAUCCUGCGAUACAGUAUGUGAAGAUGCCGGAGCUGAUUUGAUGAAAAAAAAGAUUUAUAUGUAAUUUAUUUUGUCACUAAAACUUCUCAAUUAAUUUUCCGGCCAUCAAUUCUACUGCGGAGUAUGUAAUAAUACCUGGGCGUUAUUCAUAGUCGUUCAUACCUUUUUCAUCACUCUGAGUUCUUGUCUUUAAGCGGAUCAGAGAAGUCAAUGAAGCUUCAAGUAUCGG